ACGUUCAGCGCGGGCGAGAAAGGAGCUGCGCCCGCCGCCAGACGCACACUGCCGGCUCCCGAGACAGAGCAGCGUCCAAGCCGCGCGCCGCGAAAAAACCAGCCACCGAGUCGAAGGACGAGGGAGUUGCGCGGACACCGCCACUGACCGAGGCUCGCUUGCAGAGAAGAGUAGACAGCGGAGCCAGCCGAAGGCAGCACGAAAGCCGGGCGCUCCCGCCGCAGCCCCUGCCCGGGAUGGGCUUCCCUGCAGUGACCGUCUUGCUCAUCACAGUGCUCGUGGUCGUCGCCGAACCCCGACGAGAGAUCAAAUACAAAGUAAAGAAGCAGGACUUCUUGCACAGGUAUCACGAAGAGAACAAGAAUCGCACCGAAGAAAAUGUGUACGACGUUUGUCACAAGGUGGCGCUACGCCGCUGCGGCCAGAACUUCAUGCGGGCCUUCAAUCUGGUGGAAUACCUGUCUGGCGCCGACUAUUACAACACUCAGUGCACCCUGAGAAAAGCCUUCUUCGCUUGCCUUGACAAGCUGCGUCAGAAGCCGUGUCGGAAACGCCGUGCCUCUGGUCUCGACGACAAGCGCUUCCGAAAAAAGCUGGCGGACGCUCUCUGGGAGACCAGGGUUUGCGUGCUCGGCAUCAAAGACAUCGAGGAGCUCCCCCCAAAGAAGAAAGGCCUGAAGUGACGCGCAUGGCCAGCCCUGUGCGACGCCUCAUCCGUGUACACGGCUGACGUCCACCAACGGCCCGCAUGACGUGGAUGUUGUCGUCGACCGUCAGGACGUCACGGAUCCCCUCCUUGGUGUUGUUUGCCGUCGUAAUGGUUUCGAUGCAUGUCUGGAAGUAAGCUCUCACGCAGGGUUAUAACGCCAGGCUAUUUUAAGUAUAUGAAUCUCCUCUGUUUGCUGUCUGUUCAGCGCUCGCGGAAAGCGUGCAGGACAUUUUGAUGGCGAGCGUUGUCGAACUGCAUAGCCGUAACACUGGCGCACAAAACAGCUACUCCAUGUAUACUAGUUCACUCGAACGCGUGUAUCUGCGCCGCAGUGUUUUGCGCUUUUUCGUGAGACCAAUAGGUUAUUCUAGCAUUUUUUUAAAGUUUCAUAGUCAUUUCGGUGCAUCUGGCCGCUUUCCGUAAUGAUAUACGAUUGCCAACGCACGAAAAUACGUUAUUGUACAUCGACAAUCUGAGAUUAACUCGCCAAAUGGGCGCGACAAAAGGACCCGGUGUUUCACAAGAAAACUUCUCGCAAAAAAAAAAAGCGCACUUUGGUGUAUUUUUGCGGCUUUCUGUAGGACUAAGUAAUCCAGCUGACGGGCUGUGUGUAAUCGACAUGAUUAAAUCAUUUUGUGUCCUUGAGCCACGAGCCUUAUAGAAGAUGCCCCUAUUGUACCUUCUCCUCAGGUCGCAUUUCGUAAGCCUAUCACUAUGCGCAAAUCAGGCAUGCGUCACAAACAUAUUGAUGUUUGUCGAGCUUGUGUAUAAACCAAGUAUACUGUAGCGCAAGCGUAAUAUAUCUGGUCCUACACGAAACCCCACAGUGUGCAGUAGUAAGCAUGCGUUGACCGAGUUUCAAGACAUAAUUUCAUUACCAAUGUUGUUUCAAAUUGCCACUAAGUGUGCACUUCUACAAAAUAAUAAUUUUACAGGCUUAGAAAAGAGGUAUUGGUUUCGCUAAUUUUCUUAAGCAUUGUGAUAGUCCAGGCCGUUAUGUCACACAAAUUACGCGACAUGAUAGGAUUAAGCCAUGCGUCAAAACAGAUUAUGCCGCACGUAUAAUGGAAAGGCCAAAUUCAUAAAGCUUUUCGUUUGUGAUAACUGUUUAUUGUUGUACGGCCGCCUACACUAUAUUGCGUUAUUUAGCGCGAUUGGUCGAUGUCAGUUCGUACAAACCGCUCCAGAACUGCUUCGUGAAUACGGGAAGUGAACUCUCUAACCGUGAACAUACGUGAACAAGGUUGUUUGAGCAUGCAUUUAUUAACAUUAUCGGGGUAGACACUCAGGGACACUCAGAAAUGCUCUUCUGGCGAUAUUUCUUAUUGUACUCGUAUAACGCGUGUGCCAUAUCUGUCUUGCACAUUUUGGUCUAUGCGUGACAUGUUUUGCGUGAGAUGCGGUUUGUUUCUUCGUGAUAAAAGGUGUGGCUUUGGUUGUUUAAAAAGAAAUCAAAUAUAUUUUUUUUUACCAAAGUAUAUGGUGAGGGCCUGCUAGUCGUCACUUGCAUUACAUGCAUGGUUAACGUUCCAAAGCGGCUCGGCAUCCUAACUCGGCUACACUGAAAGUGAUCUUGCUUCCAUGCAAGCUCUGUUUCUUCUAUUCAAGUUCGAGAAAAGCGGUUUAUUGGAGUGUGGUAACUCGUUUGGUUCGGUUUAACAGAGCCUAUGUCACACGCCGGCACUUAAGAGCGAGCGCAAUGCCCACUGACGAUAUAGGGAAGCUCAGGGGUUUAUCUGGGGACAAUAGCUGAUUAUUAAAAUAGCGAGUGGUGUCGUAAGAGAAGACCAUAUAGCAGUUGUGUGGCAAGCGAUGGCAAACAUAUUCUGAGUAAAUUUCUUGUGACCUUUCUUUUUAAUCACCCGGUGCGUAUUAACAUGCACAUUUUGGCCAUAUAUAGAUAACUGAGCAGUAGGCCGCGUAAUCUGCGACAUGUUGAAAAGGAAAAAAAAAAUAAUGUUACUGAGGACAAUUAAACUAAGGCCAGCUGAAUGUUGCCGCCAUUAGUUUAGAAACAUUUCCCAGAGGAUUGUUAUACAUUUGGCAAGUCGUAUUCGGCAUGAGUAGUGAAACAUGCUGAAUUUCUGUUCAGUGAAGAUGUCUGUGAACUCUACCGCCUCGCGCAGCUUGUCUGAAUGAAUGUUGCGCCGCUGUCGCAACGUGUAUGCCACCGUUUGCAAACUAUUACGUAACUUCUGCGUACUUGAGAUGAACCCACUUCAACUGAAGCUUCGCCGGGUGCCGUCAGUGAUGUUGUAGCCUCGCGUUAUAUCUGAAUAAAGUAACGUGGCAACGCUAACACGGGAGUGUCGUAACUGUCGUACCGCGCCUCCAUUUAGCGCGAUUUUCUUUUACCAUGAAAAUAGCCUUUGGAUUAGAGGUCUACACAAUAGAUCGAUUUCUCCCAUCCUGAUGCUUUGUAUUUCACUAAUUUGUUGCCCAAUGAAAGGAGUAAUGAAUGAGAAAUUGCAACCAAACCUUAAUUCAUUUACAUAGACAUUAUGUUGCGUUCAGCCUCACAGGCUUUAUUCUAAUCUGCAUUGCUUGAUAAAGUGUUCUGCUGAGAGGGCCAAGUGGCAUUAUUAAAGCAAGCAGUCAUCAAAAAAUAAAUAUAAAAACGACUUUUCGGGAUUCAUACGAGUUACAUAAGAAGAGGGAACUCGUAUCGGCACCGAAACAUAGGUGCGAAAUUGGUGUGUCAGUACUCCUUUAACUUCACUUUAUGCAAAUCACUUCACGCAGCUGUUUGCUAAAGUUCGUAUAAGUGAAAGGCAACCAAAACAUAAACCUACUAUCAGGAGGGUUUCGCUAACUAUUCAGUGACAUGAGAAGGCAUACUCGUUGAAAUGAGAUUUUACUGUAUCACGCGGUGCUCCCGUCUAAAUAUACAUUGCCUGGCUAGUUUUGCGCAUGUUGUAUGUUAUCACACUUGUACUAACGUGGCGGCAUAAAGUCGAUGCGAACAACGCCAUUCAGUAGCCACUCGUGCAGUCAUUUUCUUUUCGCCUUAUGUAGUAUUUGCUACAAUGUGGUCACUAGCCAGGUGAUAAAUCGUUCCUCCUCCUCCUUUAGUAGAAAAAUCAUAUGACCCGGUUUGCGAGGUUGCUUUGCGAGGUCAUGUUCCUUUUUGAUCAGUAUACAAGCAAUGUAGCUCUUCAUAUGUGAAAAACAAAAACAACAAGCAGCUGAUUUUCGUUUGAGUUCACUUCACUGAAAGAACGUCGUCGAAGCGGCGUGCUCCAUGCAUUUGUUACUUCAACACCUGUAUGAAAAAAGAAACGCAGCUCUUAAAUGUUGCUGUGAUAUAUUAAAGUGUACGCCCUGGUUUCCGCAUUAAAAAUGCUGGUAAUGUUGUUAAUAUGUGAAAGUCAAACGUGGUGGUGCUUCGUAGGCGUUGUCACGUUUUUGUUGUUCUCAUGUGUUUGUCUCCUCACUCAUUUUGGCCUCCUGCAGUGUUCUGCUCUUAAGGAUGGUUUUGAAUGGUACCUGACUGUUUUCAUUCUCGAGCUUGAUCUUAUUUAUGAAAGCGCUUCUUCCCACGUCUCUGUUUUUCGCGUACGUGUCGCGCGAAGUGUACAUAGUUCCUUCUUCGUAGAGUAUAAGAGUCUAGGUACAACGCUAAAAUCAUGUGCCAAGGUAACAUAGCAUUUACCCACCUAUAACUUUCGUAACAUUCCAAGAAUCAAGAGGGCCCAUUGACAGGUGUGGCAGCAAGGCAUGAUGCUUUUCUAUACACAUGUGUGCGUAUUUUCUGUUCGUUGUUUCGGUAGUGUGUAGACGUGUAUAAACCGUUCUGAAGUAAUAAAA